AUGGCGCCCUCAUCCAAACCCAGACCCGCAACCCCCUGGCAGAAGCGCGCAGACAAGGCAGAGAGAGCGCGCAAGCUUCUCGCAGGCGGGACGCUCACGAGGGAAGACUCGGACGACGAGCUGGGUACGGACGAGCAUCCAUGGGAAUGGAUUUACGCGAGACGGGAAAAUGGGGAGGGAGAUGAAGAGUCUGCAGAUGAGGAGAACAGGUCGAAGAAGAGGAAGGCGAGGAGUGCGAUCAAAUCAAGAGGGGAGAUUGUAGGGGCCAAGAUGGGGACCUUUAGUUGUAAGGUUGGGGAUUCGGUGUUGUUGAAGGCAGAGGGGCAGAGUCAAUGCUGGGUGGGCCUCAUACAGCAGUUUUUGGAUGACGAUGAUGGGGAGAAAUCUGCCAAUUUCAUGUGGUUUGCGAAUGAGAAGGAGAUUCGGCCGAAAAUCAAGGAAAAGAAGAGAUCUGACUUCCUGCCUAACGAACUGUAUCUUACGCCCGAUACUGAUAUCAACCCUCUCGAGUCGAUCAAUGGCACGGCAUACCUGCUUUCAGAAAAAGCCUUUAAUAUGAAGUACCCUACCGGCAAGAUUUCCAAGAGAGAUAAAGAGUAUGGCAAGACCUACAUCUGCCGGAGAGGCUGCGAUACCCGUACUGCUACGUACACCAAGGAGUUUGAAUGGGAGACUAUCAAGCACAGCACCGAAGAGGAAGUCGUUCAACUGCACGACCGCAUAAAGUCCGAGACUAAAUCCACAGUCAAAAAACGGAGAGGCCAGAAGCGUAAAAUGGAAGACGAUGAUUUUGGAGGCGAUCUUACUCACGAUGAAGAUGGAAAAGUCGAAACGCCACGAAAGAAGCAAAAGUUCUCCUCGGUUACCACACCACGCAAACCACGCACCCCCUCCAAACUGCUGACACCAAGCCACAGAAAAGUGGUUAUCAAAAAACCUCUCGAGUUCACGCCUCUAGGAACCCGCAUGCUGGACCCCGAGCACGUCGAGUCGUCUCCCUUCCAGACAGCCCGCUCCAGGCUCCACGUCUCGUCUGUACCAACCUCUCUCCCAUGCCGCGAAGACGAAUUCGCAUCCGUCUACUCCCAUCUCGAAGCCGCCAUCGUGGAAGGCACGGGGGCCUGCAUCUACAUUUCGGGUACACCAGGCACCGGGAAGACCGCCACCGUCCGUGAAGUAGUCGCGCAGCUCAACGCCUCUGUGCUGGCUGACGAGCUGGACGAUUUCAUCUUCUUGGAGAUCAACGGCAUGAAAGUCACGGAUCCGCACCAGUCGUACUCUCUACUCUGGGAAGCGCUGAAGGGAGAUCGCGUGAGCCCCACGCAUGCGUUGGAUUUGCUGGAGAGGGAGUUCAACCACCCGAGUCCGAGACGGGUGCCGUGUGUGGUGCUGAUGGACGAGCUGGAUCAGCUGGUGACGAAGAACCAGAGCGUGAUGUAUAACUUUUUCAACUGGCCCGGUCUGAGACACAGUCGAUUAAUUGUGCUUGCUGUGGCCAAUACGAUGGAUUUGCCGGAGCGAACAUUGAGUAACAAGAUUAGUAGCAGACUUGGCCUCACCCGCAUAACUUUCCCCGGCUACACCCACGACCAACUCAUGAAGAUCAUCCAGUCGCGCCUAACCGGCGUCCCCAACUCCAUCGUCGACCCGGACGCCAUCCAGUUCGCAUCGCGCAAGGUGGCCGCCGUUUCCGGGGACGCCCGCCGCGCCCUCGACAUCUGUCGCCGCGCCGUCGAGCUCGCCGAAGCUGAGAUCCUGGCCCUGCCCGCCCCAGACACGCCGUCAAAGUCUGGCCGCAAAGCUAACCGGGAUGGCGCCGAGGGGGCGGGGAAGCCGAGCCGGAAUUUGGGUACGGUCACGAUUGCGACAGUGAAGAGGGCUAUCAAUGAGGCGACGACGAGUCCGCUACAACAGUGUUUACGCAGUUUACCUCUGGCGGCCAAGAUUUUGCUCGCGGCGCUGUUGGUCAAGACCAGGAGGACGGGCAUUGGAGAGAGCAUUCUGGGAGAGGUGAUGGAUGAGGCGAAACGCAUGGCGAGGAUGGAGAGUGGCUCCCACUUAGAGUUCUUGCUCAAAGAUACAAGGAUGGAGAUGGGUGCGGGUACGAGUGUGGGCAUGAAGGACAAGAAAGUGCCGAGAGUGCUGGCUAUGGGGGGGAGUGCUGUGGAUCUCAUGGAGGCGGGUAUCGUUGGCCUUGAAACGAGGAGGGCGGAGCGCACGGGCAAGAUCAGGCUGUGUAUCGGGGAAGAGGAUGUGAAGCAGGCGUUCAAGGAUGACCCUGAGGUCAAGGGGUUUGGAUUCUGA